AUGGCGAACGAGGAGCAGCGACGGGCCUUUGCGUCGUACAUGGGCACUGCCAGCGCGAGCGCGGGCCAACAAGCAGCCCAGACUUCUGGUGCCUACACCAAUGCGGGCAACCCAUAUCUCUACCAAGUCACCUACACCUCCGCCGGCCGCACCAUCUUCGGUCGCUUCAUAUCCGAGCUACACAGGCUGGUUUUCGGCAAGGCGGGUAUCAGCAGAGCGCCUUUCCGCAGCGCCCACCACCACUGGGUCAGAGGCCAGCAGUCGAUGCAACAGCAGUCAGGUCAGCCAAACUACUACCAGACUUCCGGCAACUACAGCAAUCAGCAGCAAACUGCGCCGGGAUACAACUCGAACUGGCAGCACGCUGACCCGAUGUCGCCUCGAAACGGAAACCCCAACGGUUACGUGGCUGCCAGAAACGCCAUGGUCCCGUCACCUCGCGACUUCUCGGGAGAGAUCGUCGAGGAUAGGAGGAGGCAGGUCAAUGAGCAGUACCAUUAUCAUCAGUAUGGUCAGCCCCAGCCAGUUGCAGAACCUGCUCCGCCCCAAGUCGAUGAGCAGACCGUGCCAGUACUGCUGUGCCAUACCUGCAGCGUUUGCAGCAGCAUGCGCUCCGCUGGCUACCACCGCAACAACCCAGUGGUACCUGGAAAGCCACUCGUGCUCACGCCCUGUCGACGAUGCAAGAAGAAGAUUAAGAGUCGGCGUCGGUCGAUGAGCAGCUUCACGCGGAUCAGGUCAUGCACGGCGGAAGACCCAUGCGACUGGCCUAGCGAGGCAGUUCAUGUUGACAUGGAACGCAAAGAGCACAGGGGCAGGCAACCUAGCCGCGAAGAUGUCUACGUGUACAGACACUCACCAAGCCGUCCUCGCAUUAUCCGCCAGAGCUCAAGCCAGACGAGAUUCGGCCUACGAGCCCUACAGCAUGAGCAGGCAACUCCGCGUGUGUUUAUGAACGAAGGGAAAGUGCGAGUCUCUUCGUUGAGCCCCGGUCGACAUGCUAGGUAUGAUGGAGUGUGGCCUCCGCCAGAUGUCGUGCGCAUCAACCCAUCGAAGCCUGAAGUCCCAGUCCCAGUCCAGCCCAACCCUCAUGUCACCUCAAGUGACGAGGUAUGGCCUCCACCUGAUGGUGUCCGUACUCACUUCUAUAGGAAGGAUGAUACGAGGUUCUUGCGCAGCCAGAGUUCGAGAAUCAUUGAGUUGAGCCCGUCGCCGCCGCCUGCGCGUGCCCGAUCGACUCGAGUCGUCUAUCAAAGCGAAUCUGUCGAGCGGCGCCCUAGAAGCGUGACUCCCGUGCGUGUCAGCUUCCACGAGGAGCAACGCGGUGAAGAGGCAGAGGCUCGUAUGAUGGCGCAUCCACGACCGUAUCGUCCUGUGGUAGUGGACCGUCGCAACUUUGCAAGAGCAUCAGAAGAGACAUCGUCAAGUACUGACUACAUGCCUCGUGGACGUCAAGACUCGCCCGGUCGAGGCAUUCUGAAGCCGACUGGUGGUGAGCGCGAGACGUCCCGACGACGCAUGAGCAUGCGUGAGAGUCAGCAGAGCACUACAGUGGAGAUUGGCGGUCCUAGGAGCGGAGAGAAGGAGGGGUGGCACCGCCCGGCAGAGGUAGGCCACGUUUUGCAGAUGAAGCGAGGCGGCCGGGCGAUGACCACGAGCACUACCGCGACUAUGCACGACAUCGCUAUGUCGACGACCCGCCUCCUGCGCCACCGGUCGAUGAGAUGGAGCGCGUACGCAUCCGAAGAGCAUCAGUCGAGGAUAUGGAGUGUGUUCGCAUCCGGCGAGCAUCAGUGUCACCUCGUCGAAGCUACGAAGAAGAAAUCCGCAUCGACCGAGCUCCUCGCCUCUCUCCUUCCCCCCAACCGCCUCCACCUCCUCUAG